CUCAAGCUCCUCCAGCUCCCGCUCCCUCUCAAGCUCCUCCAGCUCCCGCUCCUGCUCAAGCUCCUCCACCUCCAGCUCCCAAUGCUGCCGCAAUGACGUUGGAAGAUUUAGCGGCAAUCAAUAUGAUUCUGGCUAGUCCUGGACAUCAUCUUCUUCCUCACCUGCAUCCAAAUCGCCCUCCAAAUACGGUUUGGUUUGAUGAAGAUGGGAGCGUUGCUGCAUCGGUUCGUCAAAUCUUUGAAAGAGAUUUCAAAGAACCGCAUGCUAGUUGGAAGCAAACCCCUGGGAAUGUCGUGAGACGUUGGUUUGAAUCCUUUGCGCAAAUGUAUCAUUGGGAUUCUGGUUUCACUAGCCUGGUUCGCGAUUCUUUCGAGGCCAAAUUGAAAGUCCAAAUGAAUCGCCAAGUUUGUCGGUGGAAGAAAGUGUGGCGGGUAAAAGGUGAUGCAGCUAUGCCUGUUUGGUUUGACCCAAAUGUUUGGGCUGGUCUCGUCACUUAUUGGCUAGAUCCAGGCACUGAAGUCCGGAGUUGCAAUAGUCGGGCAGCCCGUUACUCUGACCCCGAUGGACAUGGGCCGUCUAAGCAUCGUUCAGGUCAGACUUCUUACAAGGCCCGUGCGCGAAUUAUUGCUGAAGAAACAGGAGAGUCUAUUCCUGAUUUGCUUGGGGUUCUCGAGAUCACUAAACGAAAGCCGGAUGGGUCUUUCGUUGACGGCAAAUCUGAGCAGCUCUACAAUGACGUGACAUCUAAAUUUCAGGAGUUAUCUCAGGCAGCUAGUGCUGAUCCCGAGAGCACCGGUUCUGUUGGUCUCACUCCAGCAGAAAAGAACAAGAUUUAUUGUGAGCUUGCUCCCCGCAAAAAGGGACGAAUUUAUGGAGUGGGUUCUCUAAAUCAAUCUGUAGGAUCCGUUUCUGCAUCUUUUCCUUCUUCUAGCAGUUCUGAGGACCAGUCUUUGAAGAAGAUCAUCAAGGAACAAGCUCUUGUGAUUCAGAGCCAGGGAAAUGAAAUCGGGAGGCUGAGUGCUGCUGUUCGUUAUCUAGCUACCAAAGAUUCUACCUUGGCGAACAUUCUUCAGUCCGAAGAUGUGCCUUCUUCCCACAACUCCGAGGGCAUGUCUCAUGACUCUAGAGAUGAUGAAUCUGAUGCUAUUUAGUUUGUUGCUAUCUUUGUUAUGAAUGUUAAAACUUUGUGUGUUUGUAUUUCUUUGUAUCGAAUCUUGAAUUUUUUCUAUUUCAGUAAUAUUUUCGAUAAUUUAAUAA